AAUAAUUUUCCGAGCCUCUUCACCCGCUGGCUUCUGCUCCUUCGCCUGGGGUCCUGCUCGUCCUUCCCCCAACCCACUCGAUUCUGGCGCUUCACCACCACCAGUCCCAUCCCCUACGCCUUCUCCAUCGACCAGCAACCAGCCUCCCGUGGCUGUGAUAACGAGCCGAGCCUGAUCAUAUUUUCCAGUCUCCAAAGCAAUCAGGCUUGCCUCAGACUAAAAAAUGGCAAAAUUCUUAUUAUCGGCGAGGCGCAUCCUCCUUUCUCCAUCCCCUACAAGACCAUCAAAAUUGUUCAGUUUGCAUAGUCUUUGCUCGGAGACAUUUCGAUCGAUCGAAGACAUCAAUAGUUCGAGCACGCCGACAAACCACCGCCGUCAAUUGAUCCAACUGCCGCCGAUGAUUCCAACCGGUGGGAAUCACUUGGAGAAGGGAUUUCAUAUCGAGCUUGUGGAUUCCGACCUUUGGGGCGUGUCCUUCGGUUUGGCCCACCCUUGGAAUGGGACGGAUGGGAAGCCGGAAGCCUCGAAUCCCUCAUUGGAAUUGGUCCAUGAUGGUUCUUCUGAUUGUUCGCCAGUGGUGGUGGAGGAAGACACCCCUGAUUUCGAUGAGAUCGAGGACUUGAGGCUGCGCAAGAAAUUGUUCUACAAAUUGGAUAAGGGUUCCAAGGAAUUCGAAGAGAACAACUUUAGCUUCCAUCGGAGGAAAUCAUCGAAGAAGAAGAAGACUCGUGAGAAGCUAACACAAGCUGAUCGAAAGAAAGAGUGCAAGAAAUCGGAAAAGAAGAUGGAUGACACCAGGGUUUCAAAGCAAAAGGCCAAAAAUUCAAACAAGGAGAGUGAAAGAGCUCGAAUUGAGGCACCAGUGAUGGAGGGGAAGAAGGUGAGAACGCCCACAUUUAAUCAAUUGACAGAUCCUUACCAUCUGCCGUUCUGUCUGGAUAUUUAUAUAUCAAAAGGAUCUGUUCGUGCUUGUGUUGUUCAUCGGGUCACCAGCAAGGUGGUCGCCGUGGCGCAUUCCAUUUCUAAGGACAUGAAGUUUGACCUGACAUCUAAGAAGGAUGCGAAGGCAUGUGCUGCUGUUGGACAGGUUUUGGCGAAGCGUGCGAUUGAGGAUGACAUUUACAAUGUGGUCUACACACCAAGGAAAGGGGAAAACAUCGAGGGUAAGAUACAGAUUGUGCUUCAGUCUAUUAUUGAUCAUGGGGUUGAUGUAAAGGUGAAGCUUAAGCAAAAGAGACCCAAGAAGGACCUUACAUGAUAGUGAAGAAAACUGAUCCUCGAACUACUGUCCGACGAUAUGCAUCUUAUACUGGGAAGGAACAAAGUAUCUGGCACUUGAAGAGAAAGGACUUGGUGCCCCCAUAGACAAGGUGCAAAUAUGUGUGGGUUCCUUAUUGGAGCAACAAAACUAGAUUGUUGGAGUUCAUGUUUCUACUCCAGGCAUCGUUGACCCCUAAUAAGAGAUUCCAAGGUACCGACUCAUGAAAGUAUCACAUCUGUCCAAAUUCAGAGGUACCGACUCAUGAAAGUAUCACAUCUGUCCAAAUUCAGAAAUGAGGAAUGUGUUUUUAUAAGAAUAACAAUAAGAAGAAUAUUGUAUAAGUACAUUGUUCUAAAUAUUGAAAAAAAAAACCAGUCAGAACAUCCUUAUUGGGCUUGUAGACAUAAUGUAGUCAUUAGUGUUCCUUACAGUGUUUGCUAAAGUGCUAAACCCCUUGUUUUUGACUUGUGUUUCUGCAAAUACCAGGAUUGGCAGUUCUGUUUGACUCUUAAAGCUUUCUUCUCACUUAAAAAAAAACUAUUGCACAUAACAUGUUAUCUUCAAAUUUAUCCUAGUGUUCUAUGUAUUUUUUUUAUCAUAAAGCCAAAAUCUCUUGUAACCCACCACAAGCUUGCCACAUUUUCUUAAGAAAAAUAUGUUCAAGAAGUUAGCCUUAUUUCACCAGCUUUUCUGAGCACUCAGUUUAUCUUAUGACUGCAGGAUCAUGUUUUCUGAGACUCAAACAUAUGUUUUGGUUCCCAGAUAAUGCAACCAACUCAU